AACGUUGCUAACCGUUGUCAUGUCAAACAAAACAUAACCUAACAUAUUAACUAUCUAAAAAAUCAUUGAAAAAUGUCUGAUAAAAGAGGAAAAAGAGGUGAUCACCCCAAACAUUUAAAAGGUAGGGAUAUCGGGGAGUAUUACAAGAAUAAAAGACGCAAAGAUGAUGGGGAAAGACCUCAUAGAAGGUCUGAAGAUGGACAUAAGAAACGUCCUAAAGAUUUGAAAGGAAAAGCAUUGGGUAUGUACUACAGGGAUAAAAAACAUAUGUCUAGGGAAGAAAGGAAGGAAAUUACAAGAAAAAAUAUCAUGGGUACAAUUUUGUUGUCUGAAAGAAGAAAAGAGGAAAUCCAGCGCAUUCUAGAAUCUAAUAUAUUUGAAAAUAAAAGCAAAGAGAAAGCCACAGAUUAUUCACAUGUCGAAGAUUCAGUGUUUAAAAGGGAUUUUCUGAGAAUUAUUCGAGGAAAUAUUAAUGAUAUUCUUGACGAAGCAAGUUCAGAAUUAAUUCCUGACCACAGAUUGGAUGAAAUGCUUUAUUCUUUUAACCAAAAUAAAGCGGAUGAUUUUCAGUACAAAUUAUUGCUCAAAAAGCGUAAAAAAUUACCAUCAUUUGAAAAAAGAGUGGAGUUAUUGGAACUAAUUGAAAAAAAUCAAGUUGUUGUAAUAAGUGGUGAAACAGGUUGUGGUAAGACAACCCAAGUAGCACAAUUUAUUCUUGAUGAUUAUAUAGACAAGAGAAAAGGUUCGACUUGCAAAAUUAUUUGCACUCAACCCAGAAGGAUAAGUGCAAUUUCAGUUGCUGAAAGGGUUGCUGAAGAAAGGUCUGAAACACUUGGAGGAAGUGUUGGAUACCAGAUUAGACUUGAAAAAAAACUACCAAGAGAAAGGGGAUCGAUAUGCUUUUGCACAACCGGUGUGGUUCUUAAACAAAUGGAGUCAGACCCCUGUUUAACCGGAGUAUCCCAUUUAAUCCUCGAUGAAAUUCACGAACGCGAUGUUUUAAGUGACUUUCUAAUGACCAUUAUCAAAAAAGUAAUCACCAAACGCAAGGACCUCAAACUAAUUCUCAUGAGUGCCACAUUAAACUCGGAAGCUUUCUCAAAAUACUAUGACAACUGCCCUCACAUUAACAUACCUGGUUUUACAUAUCCGGUAGAAGAGUAUUAUUUAGAGGAUGUGAUUGAAAAGACUAGAUUUGAUUUUGGAAAUGAAUACAGGAGAUACUCUGAUAGGCAGAACAGGGAUUUCAGCGAUUUUAUAGAGCCACAUGUAAGGUUAUUGGAAAAAGAGAAGAAGUAUAGUAGGAAUACUUGUAUACAGUUAAGAAAGGCUGAGAGUGAGAAAGUCAAUUUGGAUUUGAUUUUCGAGUUGUUGUUGUAUAUAUGUCAUAAGGAGUCAAGAAAAGGAGCCAUUCUAGUAUUUGUAACAGGCUUCGCUGAAAUAUCAAAUCUUAACACUCUUUUGGAAAAAUCGGGUAAAUUCCCUAGCUACAAGUACCACAUCUACCCUCUACAUUCCCAAAUGCCGACCGCCGAGCAAAAACAAAUUUUUAUGCCCGCUUCAGAUGGUACCAGAAAAAUUAUAAUUUCCACAAAUAUUGCCGAAACCUCUAUAACAAUUGACGAUGUGGUAUUUGUGAUUGACUGCGGUAAAAUCAAAAUGACGAAUUACAUACCUGAGACUAAUUCUCAAACUCUACUACCCGAGUGGGUGUCUUUAGCCAAUGCCAAUCAAAGAAGAGGAAGGGCUGGAAGAGUCCAAGCAGGUGUCUGCUACCAUUUAUUUAGCAGAGCCCGCAAAAUGCUAUUGGAUCAAUACCAAAAACCGGAAAUCUUAAGAAAACGCCUGGAAGAUGUAAUAUUAGUAGCAAAAAUGCUGCAACUAGGCAAAAUCAAAGAUUUUUUCGGAAAACUAAUGAACCCACCUACAGAAGAAUGCACAUACAUAUCCCUUGACUUGCUGCACAAACUGAACGCUUUGGAUAAAGACGAAAACCUGACGCCCUUAGGUUUUCACUUGGCCAAGUUACCUAUGGCCCCACAAAUGGGUAAAAUGAUACUCUUUGGCGCUAUAUUUGGGUGUUUAAACCCUGUGUUAUCAGUGGCGGCCUCUUUGGACUUUAAGGACGCGUUUCAGCUACCAUUGGGCAAAGAAAAAUUAGCUGAGCAAAAAAAGUUCGAGCUUUCAAACGGUUGGAAAAGCGACCAUUUGGUUCUAUUUAGAGCUCUUGAAAUGUUUCAAACCACCUACAAUCAACGCCAGUUUUGUAGGGAUUAUUUCUUAAGUUCUUCAACAUUGAAAAUGUUGAUCGAUAUGAAGAAACAGUUUAUGGGUUAUUUGCACGAGAUGAAUUUCGUUACCAGUUUGGAUCCCGCAGCUAAGGAGUUUAAUGUUAAUUCCGAUAAUUUCAGUUUGGUUAAGGCUUGCAUUUGUGCCGGGUUGUAUCCUAAUGUUUGUUUUUAUAAGAGGACUAAGAAGCGCGGAUUGCUACGCAGCCUUGAAUACGAAAAACUCGAAUUCCACCCUAAAUCUGUGCUAUCUAGAGAACGCGAUUUCGAGUCGCCAUUAUUCGUCUACUACCUUCGCAUGAAAUCCUCUUCGGAUUUCAUACACGACGGCACCAUGGUUUACCCUCUGCCUUUGGUAUUUUUUGGGGACCAAUUUGAUGCCUCUAAACAAGUAAACAAUGGGAAAGUUAUAACUAUAAACAACGCGUUAAGUUUUCGAUGCGGUAAUUCUACUGCUGCAAUAAUCGGCGAUUUAAGGGACAAGUUGAAUUGGUUUUUAGAACACAAGAUUUGCCAUCCCGGGUUCAUUGAUUGGAGAAAAAACGGGGAGGAGAUACCCAUGUUAAGAGCUAUUAUGGAACUUAUCACAAGCGAGGACUUGGGCGAUUUUGAUUCUGAUUGUUUUGACGACUGUGAUUCUUCAUAAAAUUAAAAUUAACUAAUGUUGUUAUUUUUGUAGGUGAACGAAAAAAUAUUUCUAUUGGCCACGUUUGAUUUCUGUUUUCAAUACACACAUAAAAAUAUAACUAUUUUUAUUACAUUUAAGAAUUAUGAUUGACAAAUGACCUUUAUUGAAAAAAUAACAAUA